CUGCGGUCGGGUAGGAGGGCAGCACCGCAAGGGGGGAGGUGCAGCAGGUAGCGCCGUGGCCGGGAUGGCAGCACCGGCCUAGUUACCGCUCGUUUCGCUCCUCGUCCGAGCGGGCCGCGGCGUCCUGCCCCUCUCAGGUCCGAGGACGUCCCGACCCUGCCUCCCGCCUCCCGGGGCCAAACCCGGAGUUUAUUUCUCACUGACGGCUUUUCCGUUAUUCCACUGGCUGAACGCCAGUCCCCCUAAGCUCGGGCUGGCUUCCUGAGGCGCCUCGGUCUGCCCGCGAGUUCCCGUUGGCUCAUCGUCGUCACUGGAGGGAGAUGGGGGAGCGGCCCGGUCGAGCGGCGGGUUAGGGGAGGAAGUUUUCCCUGCGGGCAGGAGGGGAGCUGGUCAGCCCCCGCGCCGCCCAGCUGGCUGCGGGUUCCAGGUGUGGCCUAGCGGGGAUUAUCGGGGACACCUAGAAACCUCGGCCCGGGGCUAAAUGCUGCCUGCAGCAGAGUUUAUUUUGGCCCGAGGUUGUUAAAAAGCUUUGAGACUGCCUUUUGAACUUCCACACCUGUUACCGGUUUAACUCCGAAACCACUGGGCCCGCAUCCCCGCGCGGCUGAGGUUUCCGGGAGUUGGGUAGCAGUUGCCCCUUCCAGCGAGUCCGGGGUUUUCCAAUCCGACACGCUCCCCACCGAGCCCUGUCAUCUGGAAGGCCGACCCAGCAUCUUCGUGUAGGCUCCUGCUUGGCCGAGUGUACAGGCAGUGUGUUCCUGUCGUGGCUAACUUUAAGAAGCGCUGCUUCUCAGAAUUGAUAAGACCAUGGCAGAAAACUGUGGCAGUUGGAUUUGGUGUGACCUUGUGUGCAGUUCCUAUUGCACAGAAAUUGGAGCCUCAUUCUCUUAGUAACGACGCAUUAAUGAGGAGGGCUGUGUCUUUGGUAACAGAUAGCACCUCUACCUUUCUCUCUCAGACCACAUAUGCAUUGAUUGAAGCAAUCACUGAAUAUACUAAGGCCGUUUAUACCUUAAUUUCUUUAUACCGACAAUAUACAAGUUUACUUGGGAAAAUGAACUCACAGGAGGAAGAUGAAGUGUGGCAGGUGAUCAUAGGAGCCAGAGUUGAGAUGACUUCAAAACAACAGGAAUACUUGAAGCUGGAAACCACUUGGCUGACGGCACUUGGUCUUUCGGAGAUGGCAGCAGAAGCUGCGUACCAGACUGGAGCAGAUCAGGCCUCGAUAACUGCCAGGAAUCAUAUUCAGUUGGUGAAGUCGCAAGUGCAGGAAGUGCGCCAGCUUUCCCAGAAAGCGGAAACCAAGUUGGCAGAAGCACAGACAGAGGAACUCCGUCAGAAAACACAGGAGGAAGGGGACGAGAGGGCCGAGAGGGCCGAGCCAGAGCAGGAGGCCUACCUGCGUGAGGAUUGAUUGCCCAGCCGCUUCCCACGUCUGCCGGCUCAGCCUGGGGAAAGCAGGGGUGGCUGCCACCCGGCUCAGGGGCGGCACAGCCUUCUCUGCACGGAGAGGAGGCAGUGGGUCCCGCCCUGGCCCAUCAGGCCUUAGUGAGCUGUGAUUGCUGGGGGUCCCUUCCCCACCCCCCCCCAUGGACCUGGUUCUUAGCCCUAGGGCACUGCACCCUGUUUAACAUUUGAUCCCGCCCAUCUUUUUACCUCCCACCCAGGGCAUCUCAACAGCCUGGCCAGAGAGGGGUCCUUUUUUGUCCUGCCUACAAGUUCAGUAGCUAUUUAACUUCCGUUUCCAAUCCUACAUUUUCAAAUAUGAUUUAGUCUUUGUUCCCCCAUAGGAAUGUGUGUUUUUUGGGGGGAAAGGGGAGCCUGUUUAUAAGAUUCCUUUUUAAGUGUUUGUUUCUAAUGCCUUCUGUGAUCUGGCCCCGUUGCCUGUAAGGACAGCUGAAGCCCAGUAGCUGAAAGUCCGUUAUUCUUAAGGAACUGAACGCAGACUGUACCCAGUGUCAACAGGACAUGCUCCAACACCCACUUGUUUCCUUCUUUCCUUCGAGUUGCUCUAUUGUAGCUGAAGGAGAAUAAUGUUGUUGUGCACUUCAAAAAGAGAAUGUGUGUAUAUUCUG